UGGAGUUUCCUCUAGGAUUUUUCUCCUUGUGACAACACGAGCUGGACUUUACUUCUUCUGCCAACAUGUAUCCGGCAGCAUUGCUACUGAUGCUGAGCGUCGGGAUCUACGCAGACAGUAUGGAGGGACCAACAGCUGGCUGUACCUUUGAUGAGGACUCAGACCCUGGCUUGUGUGAGUACCGCCAGGGCCAAGACGAUGACUUUGACUGGCAGCUAAUCAGGACCUACAAUUGGCCACACCCGACCCCGGAUCUUCUCCGAGGGUCCUUCAUGAUGGUCAAUUCCUCGCAGCAUUUCGGGGGCCAGCGGGCUCAGCUACUCCUGCUCCCGCUCAGCGAGAACGACACCCACUGCAUCCAGUUCAGCUACUUCCUGUACAGCCGCGACGGCCACAGCCCCGGGGACCUGCAGGUCUACAUUCGUGUCAACGGGGGCCCCAAGGGCAGCGCCGUGUGGAAUAUCUCGGGCUCGCAGGGACACCAGUGGUACCAGGUGGAGCUCGCCGUCAGUACCUUCUGGCCCAGUGAAUACCAGGUCAUCUUUGAAGCGACUGUUUCUGAGGAGCGACAGGGCUACAUUGCCUUGGACGACAUCGUGCUGCUCAAUUACCCCUGUUACAAGGUGCCUCAUUUCUCUCGGCUGGGUGACGUGGAGGUGAAUGCCGGGCAGAAUGCCUCGUUCCAGUGUGUCGCCACAGGCAAAGUUUCUGAGAGUGAGCCCUUCCUCCUGGAGCGGAGAAACGGCGUGGUGCUGGACACGCCCUUGCUGUCACGGCUGAGCCACAAGCGUCUUAUGGCGACUUUCCAGGUGGAGGCGCAGCGUGGGGAGCAGGACCUCUACCGCUGCAUCACCCUGUCCCCCAGAGGGGCCGCCGUCUCCAACUUUGGAGAACUCAUUGUCAGAGUGCCCCCGACUCCGAUUGCACCCCCUCAGCUCCUGCGGGCAGGCCCCACCUAUCUGAUCAUCCAGCUCAACACGAACUCCAUCGUGGGGGACGGGCCGGUCAUCCGGCGUGAAAUCCAGUACCGAGCCAGCCAGUCCACGUGGACGGAGACUCACGGCGUGGGCUCGCUCACCUAUAAAGUUUGGCAUUUGGAGCCGGACACAGAGUACCGCAUCAGCGUCCUGCUCACCCGGCCCGGGGAGGGGGGCACCGGAGCACCUGGGCCGCCUCUGAUCAGCAGGACAAAGUGUGCAGAGCCCAUGCGCGCCUUGCGGGGCCUGACGGCGACAGAGAUCCAGCCGCGGCUGCUGGCCCUUCAGUGGGAGCCGCUGGGCUACAACCUCACCCGCUGUCACACCUACUCCUUGUCCCUGUGCUACCGCUACUCCAUGCCGACAGGGGGCAGCGGAGGGAACAACGCCACCGUCAGAGAGUGCCUGUCCGUGGAACGCAACACGUCUCACUUCACGCUGAGAGACCUGCCGCCCUUCCGCUCCGUCCACGUCCGGCUGGCGCUGGCCAACCCUGAAGGAAAGAAGGAGAGCAGAGAGGUCACCUUCCAGACCGAAGAGGACAUUCCUGGCGGCAUCGCUCCAGAGUCCCUGACCUUCACCCCGCUCGAUGACAUGAUCUUCCUGAAGUGGGAGGAGCCCAUCGAGCCCAAUGGUCUCAUCACACAGUAUGAGAUCAGCUACCAGAGCAUCGAGUCGUCGGACCCGGGCAUCAACGUGCCGGGUCCUCGCCGCACAGUGUCCAAACUGAGGAACGAGACCUACCACAUGUUCUCUGGCCUGCAUCCCGGAACCACCUACCUGGUGUCGGUCCGCGCCCGAACCGCCAAGGGGUUUGGCCAGACGGCGCUCACCGAGAUCACCACCAACAUCUCCGCCCCGGUGUUUGACUAUGAAGACAUCCCCUCUCCGCUGAGUGAGUCGGAGAGCACCAUCACCGUGCUGCUGCGCCCUGCGCUGGGGAGAGGAGCUCCUGUCAGCGCCUACCAGGUGGUGGUGGUGGAAGAGGACGGGUCCCGUCAGGUGAGGAGGAGGGAGCUCGGCACCGUCGACUGUUUCCCGACACCGAACUCCCACAACGAGGCCCAGGCCAAAGGGGCGCCGCAUUACUACACGGCAGAGCUGGCUCCCAGCAGUCUGCCCGAGGCCACGCCCUUCACCGUGGGCGACAACCACACCUACAACGGCUACUGGAACAGCCCUUUAGACCCCACCAAGAACUACCUCAUCUAUUUCCAGGCCACCAGCAACUUCAGAGGGGAGACCAGAAUAAACUGCAUUCGGAUCGCUCGCAAAGCUGCCUGUAAGGACUCGAAGCGGGCCCUGGAGGUAUCCCAGCACGCAGAGGACAUGGGUCUGAUCCUUGGGGCCUGCGCCGGCGGUCUGGUGGUCCUCAUUCUGCUUCUGGGGGCCAUCGUCAUCAUCGUGAAGAAGGGAAGGGACUUCUAUUCUUACCCUUACUACCCUAGGAAGAAGGUGGCCAUAAACAAGGCAGCCAUGUCCUACAGGCAGGAGAAGAGUCGGAAACUGAGCUCCUUAGACUGCAGCAUGACGGAGCAGAGCACUCUCCAGCAGGAUGAGAGGAUGGCCCACUCCUUCAUGGAUGCCCACGGCUGCAACGCCCGAAAUGAGCAGCGCAGCUCCGUCAACGAGUCCAGCAGCUUACUGGGAGGCUCGCCGCACCGGCACUGUCGGAGGAAGAGCUCGCCGUAUCACACGGGUCAGCUCCACCCGGCUGUGAGGGUCGCAGACCUCCUCCAGCACAUCAACCAGAUGAAGACGGCAGAGGGAUACGGUUUCAAACAAGAAUACGAGAGUUUCUUUGAUGGCUGGGACGUCACAAAAAAGAAAGACAAGACCAAAGGACGGCACGAUAGCUUGCUUAGCCACGAUCGCCAUCGGGUCAAACUCCACUCUCUGCUCGCAGACCCCAGUUCUGACUAUGUCAACGCCAACUACAUAGACGGUUACCAGCGAUCAAACCACUUCAUCGCCACUCAAGGCCCCAAGCAGGAGAUGAUCUAUGACUUCUGGCGGAUGGUUUGGCAGGAGAACUGCUUCAGUAUUGUCAUGAUCACCAAGCUGGUGGAAGUGGGCAGGAUGAAGUGCUGUAAGUAUUGGCCUGAUGACACUGAGCUCUAUGGUGACAUUAAGAUAACACUACUGAAGACAGAAACACUGGCAGAGUACACCGUGCGCACCUUCGCCAUGGAGAGGAGAGGUUACCCUGCUAAACACGAGGUGUGCCAGUUCCACUUCACCUCCUGGCCUGAGCACGGCGUGCCGUACCACGCCACUGGCCUGCUGGCUUUCCUGCGCCGGGUCAAAGCCUCAACACCUCCCGAUGCUGGGCCUGUGGUGGUCCAUUGCAGUAUGGGGGCAGGCAGGACCGGCUGCUACAUUGUGCUGGAUGUCAUGCUGGAUAUGGCUGAAUGUGAAGGAGUGGUGGACAUCUACAACUGCGUCAAGACCCUCUGCUCGCGCCGCAUCAACAUGAUCCAGACUGAAGAGCAGUAUGUGUUCAUCCAUGAUGCGAUCCUGGAGGCUUGUCUGUGCGGAGAGACCGCCAUCCCUGUUAAUGAGUUUGCUCUCAUCUAUAAGGAGAUGCUGAAGGUCGACUCUCAGAGCAAUACCUCGCAGCUCAGAGAGGAGUUUCAGACUCUGAACUCGGUGACUCCUCACCUGGAUGUGGAGGAGUGCAGCAUUUCUCUGAUGCCCAGGAACCGCGAGAAGAACCGCAGCAUGGACGUUCUGCCGCCGGACCGCUCGCUGGCCUUCCUCAUCACCACCGAGGGAGAAAGCAACAACUACAUCAACGCCGCGCUCGCAGACAGCUUCCUGAGGCCCGCCGCCUUCGUGGUGACGCCGCACCCGCUGCCCGGCACCACAACCGACUUCUGGAGGCUGGUUUACGACUAUGGUUGCACCUCAGUGGUGAUGCUCAACCAGCUCAACCAGUCCAACUCUGCCUGGCCAUGCUUGCAGUAUUGGCCUGAGCCCGGGCUGCAGCAGUUUGGGCCCAUGACCGUGGAGCUUCUGUCCAGGACGGCCGACGAUGACGUUAUCAUCCGUCUCUUCCGGGUUCAGAACAUCACCCGGCUUCAGGAAGGCCAGCUUGUGGUGCGUCACUUCCAGUUCCUGCGCUGGUCCCCGUACCGCGAUGUGCCCGACUCCAAGAAAGCCUUCCUCAGCCUUUUGGCUCAGGUUCACAACUGGCAGAUGGAGUGUGGAGAAGGACGCACCAUCGUCCACUGUCUGAACGGCGGUGGUCGAAGCGGUACUUUCUGUGCCUGCACCAUGAUCCUGGAAAUGAUUCGUCACCACAGCAUGGUGGACGUGUUCUUUGCUGCCAAAACACUGCGCAACUCUAAGCCAAACAUGGUGGAGACAAUGGAGCAGUAUCGGUUCUGCUAUGACCUGGCCCAGGAGUACCUGGACUGCUUGGAAGUCAGAUAGCACCUAUC